AUCGCUGGUGCAGAAUGGACGACAGUAUGCUUCAUUUGAUUGAUAGCAUCUUUGUCAAUAAUAACAGGGAGCGACUAAUCCUCCAAUUCACAAGGACUUAAUUCAAACAUCACAUACAGUUUGAUCAACAAUUUCAUAUUUCAAUGUGAAAAGAUCAUUAGAGCCUAAUAUGCUUCUUUUCCUCAGAAGAGCAUAAUGGUAAUUAAGUUCACUGCAUUCCCAAAGAUCAGAUUUGUUCACAGAUAGUAUAUCCAUCAACACUUAAGCCCUGGAUUUUUUUAAUUAUUUGAAAAGGCAUUAGUUGCCAGGAUGGAUUUUUGAUGAGCUCUAGACAAAAGUGUUGACAGCUGAAGAGAUACUGAGACCUAAUCAGUUCAGUAUGGUCGUGCUCUAGAUAGGAAUGUCGACUGUUGGAGGGACACUGGGACCUGGUCAGUUCACCAUGGUCAUGCGCUAGACAGGUGUGUUGACAGUUGGAGGGACACUGGGAGGGACGCUGGGACCUGGUCAGUUCACCAUGGUCGUGCUCUAGACAGGUGUGUCGACAGUUGGAAAGACGCGUUCACCAUGGCCGAGGUAAAUAUUACUGAAGCUUACAAGGCCGUAGAUGAAAUGGUGGACCUCCGCACCACUGUAGAAAUUGUGUUUUCUGCGAUAUGUCUCUUAACAUUAAUUAUAGCAUCAGUGUUUGGAAAUAUAGCUGUUAUAAUCGCUGUUGUUGUCAACAGAAACUUACGGGAGGCACAGGCUAGUUUUCUUAUUGUAAACCUCGCAGUGACAGACUUGAUCAAUGGCCUAACUGUUAUGGUCAGUUCGUUCUGUUCCAUGGUAGCUGACCACUGGGUCUUCGGAGAUGCCAUGUGCUCUAUUGUGUGUGCUAUAAACUACUGCCUGAUCAUUACCUCCAUGCUCACCCUGUGUUUCAUCAGUUUUGACCGUUACCAGGCAGUCCUCCACCCAAUGAAAUAUCCCAUGUGGAUUAGCAGGAACAAGGUGUGCAUGGCCAUAGCAUACUCGUGGAUUCAAGGAGUGGUAUUUUCUGUGGUACCAGUAAUACUACAGUGGAUACAAUAUGACUAUUGGGAGGCUGUGUGCGCCAUACAAUGGCAACAGGAGAAAAAACAGGCUGUAUACUAUGUUGUCACUGCGUUCUUACUCUGCUUCUUCCUACCAGGACUAGCCCUGGUGGUCAACUAUUUCCUUGUGGUCCGAGAGGUGAGAAGGGCUUCAAGGUUGAUACAGCCUUUCAAUGAGAGAUUAGCCUCAAGGAAAUCUAACUACAGCCAGAGUAGUAAAGUUGUCAACAGCCUGCUAGUGGUUGUCAUGGCUUACUUUGUGUGUAUGACCCCGUUCAGUGUCACCAAACUUAUCAAGGUCAUCGUCACGGAUACCAGUUUUGUACCAGGACGUAUCAAUACCCUUGCUAGUCUUGUCGGAUAUUGCUCUAGUGCUGUGAACCCUUUAGUGUAUGGACUGCUUCGUAAGGAUUUCAAAUCUUCAUACAAACUUAUUCUUAAGAAGAUCCUGCACCCAACUUUAAAAGUCACAACUCAAAAUGACACUAGUUUCUAAUGCAGUAAAGUAACAUAUAAUAAAGUGUACAGGUAAAAAGUAUCUAUAUAUAUGCUGUUCAGUCAAUUAUACUGUUAACAUACAUAUUUUUGUAUAACCAUUGUUUUAGAGCAGCAGAAAAUCUUAAUUUAAGAUUAAAUUAUGAACAAUUAUUUCUAAGGGCCAUGAUGAAUUUGCAUGUGCCUAUGGCCACUGUCCUUCCCAACCUACUAAAAAAAGUAUGUCUAGAGUAUAUAUAGGUCUUCUAAUCAAAGCCCAUGAUGAUGUCAAGAACUAUUUCAGCAUGGAAACAGUUUUCAAUACUUAAGUCUCAACAUUUUAAAAGAGCCAGAGGUACAAUGGGCCUGUAUUGCUACUGUGAUUAUCCAAGCAGUUCAAUUUCACAGUAGGCUUGCUAUCAUUCAUGUUACAGAUUAUAUAUUAACCUUUUUUGUGUGUAUUUGUUAAGAAUUUAAUUACGCUUUUUUAUAACUCUUUAUAAUCUUUAUUGAAUUUUACUUUAAAGUUAAUCUUCAUCUUAUACCAAACUGUAAAGCCCUUUACGACUCUAUAUGUCUCUUGACGCCACAUAAACAUCUUAACUCCUUAGAUCCUGUAAACUUAAACAUCAGCCAAGGGCAUCAAUUCUUACUUAGCUCUUCAUUCCAGCAUGCUAUUGUACAAACACCAUGAUUCUGACCAUCUUGGUUAUUGAGAAGAAAUUGUUUCAAUAAUACAUAAAUCAAUGUAUAAAAGAAAAUUUGGCAUAUUUUAUAACACCAACUUGAUCAUUGGACAGAGAAGCUAAAAUAUGACCUUGAUAAGUAAGAUGUAAUGAUCAAGUAAGAUGUAAUCAUCAUGGAAGAUGUAAUGAUUAAGUAAAAUGUAAUGAUUUAAGACGUAAUAAUCAAGUAAGAUGUAAUGAUCAUGUAAGAUGUAAUGAUUUAAGACGUAAUAAUCAAGUAAGAUGUAAUGAUCAAGUAAGAUGUAAUCAUCAUGGAAGAUGUAAUGAUUAAGUAAAAUGUAAUGAUUUAAGACGUAAUAAUCAAGUAAGAGGUAAUGAUCAUGUAAGAUGUAAUCAUCAUGUAAGAUGUAAUCAUCAAGUAAGAUGUGAUCAUCAU